UAGGACCAUGGAUAAUAAAACCCAGAAUGCUGAUGGCAUCGAUUUUCCUUUCCCCUUCACACCCUAUUCCAUCCAGAAAGACUUCAUGACAGAGUUAUACCAGGUUUUGGAAGCUGGCAAGAUUGGAAUAUUUGAGAGUCCAACCGGCACCGGAAAGUCCUUAAGUCUUAUUUGCGGCGCCCUUUCCUGGCUCCGUGACUUUGAACAGAAGAAGCUUCAAGAAGAGGCCCGUCUCCUUGAAACUGGAGCUGGCUCCUUACAUGAUGAGAAAAAUGCGUCCCCAUUUCCCUCAUCUUCCUGUCGAGAGGCCGCAGACGGCCUGAGGCCUGCUGGAGAACCGGAUUGGGUUACCCAGUUUGUGCAAAAGAAAGAAGAACGGGACCUGGUGGACCGACUCAAGGCGGAGCAGGUCCAGAGGAAGAAGCGGGAGGAACGCCUGCAGCAGAUCCAGCACAACGCGCAGCUCAAGUAUGCGGCCAAGCGCCGGAGGCAGGAAGAAGAAGAAACCGAGAGUCUUCUCCGCCUCAGCCGGGAGAUGCUGGCGGCAAGAACAGGGGCUGAGCAGCCAGAGCAGCUGGAGUCUGGGGAGGAGGAGCUGGUCCUGGCCGAGUACCAGAGCGACGAGGAGAGGAGACCCGGGAGUGGAGCAGAUGAGGAUGGGGACGACUUGGAGGAGGAGCAUGUGACUAAGAUCUAUUACUGCAGCCGGACACACUCCCAGCUGGCGCAGUUUGUGCGUGAGGUGAAGAAGAGCCCCUUCGGCAAGGACGUGCGGCUGGUCUCCCUCGGCUCCCGACAGAGCCUUUGUGUGAACGAAGACGUGAAGAGCCUGCGUUCCGUGCAGCUCAUCAAUGACCGCUGCAUGGAGUUGCAGAGAAGCAAACACGAGAAGAAGCACGGAGCCGAGCAGGAGAAGCCGAAGAGGAGGAGGCAGGAGAAGCAGGCCGCCUGCCCCUUCUACAACUGCGAGCAGAUGCACCUUCUCCGGGAUGAGGCCCUGGCGGGGGUGAAGGACAUCGAGCAGCUGGCGGCCCUUGGGAAGGAGGCCGGAGCCUGUCCCUACUACGGGAGCCGGUUUGCCAUCCCUGCAGCCCAGCUGGUGGUGCUACCCUACCAGAUGUUGCUGCACACGGCCACCCGGCAGGCCGCAGGCAUCAAGCUGCAGGGCCAGGUGGUGGUCAUCGACGAGGCACACAACCUGAUCGAUACCAUCACGGGCAUCUACAGCACAGAGGUCAGCGGCUCCCAGCUCUGCCAGUCCCACUCCCAGUUGCUCCAGUACAUGGAACGAUACGGGAAGCGUUUGAAGGCCAAGAACCUGAUGUACAUUAAGCAGAUCCUGUAUGUGCUGGAGAAGUUCGUGACUGUGCUGGGGGGCAACACCAGGCAGAACCCCAGUACGCAGAGCCUCUUGCGGACAGGGACCGAGCUGAGGACCAUCAACGACUUUCUCUUCGAAAGCCAGGUGGACAACAUCAACCUGUUCAAGGUGCAGCGCUACUUUGAGAAGAGCAUGGUCAGCAGAAAGCUCUUUGGCUUCACAGAACGGUAUGGAGCUGUCAUCUCGUCCCGGGAGCAGCCCAAGCUGGCUGGGUUCCAGCAGUUUCUGCAGAGCCUGCAGCCUGGGGCGGCUGAGGCUCCUGCAGCCCCCGCGGACGAGGGUGAGGCCAGGGCACCGCAGCCUGCGUCCCCGCUGAUGCACAUCGAAGGCUUCCUCGCCGCUCUCACCACGGCCAACCAGGAUGGCAGGGUCAUCCUGAGCCGCCGAGAGACCCUCAGUCAGAGCAGCCUCAAAUUCCUGCUCCUGAAUCCAGCCGUGCCCUUUGCUCAGGUGGUGAAGGCGUGCCGGGCCGUGGUCAUCGCAGGGGGCACCAUGCAGCCGGUGUCCGACUUCCGGCAGCAGCUGCUGGCGUGCGCGGGUGUGGAUGCUGAGCGAGUGGUGGAGUUUUCCUGUGGUCACGUGAUUCCUCCGGGCAACAUCCUGCCCCUUGUCAUCUGCAGUGGGGUCUCCGACCAGCCGCUGGAAUUUACAUUCCAGAAGCGAGAGCUGCCUCAAAUGAUGGACGAGGCAGGUCGUGUUCUCCACCACGUGUGCAAUGUGGCUCCUGGAGGCGUGGUCUGUUUCUUCCCCUCCUACGAGUACCAGCGCCAGGUCCGUGCCCACUGGGAGAAGACGGGCAUGUUGCGCCGCUUGGCCAUCAGGAAAAAGAUAUUCCAGGAACCCAAGAGCGCCCAGCAGGUGGAGCAGGUGCUGGCAGAGUAUGCCAAGUGCAUCGAGGGCUGUGACCAGGCAGGAGGCCGGGUGACGGGGGCCCUGCUCUUCUCCGUGGUUGGAGGGAAGAUGAGUGAAGGGCUCAACUUUGCCGACAGCCUCGGCCGGUGCGUCGUGAUGGUGGGCAUGCCCUUCCCCAACAUCCGGUCUCCAGAGCUGCAGGAGAAGAUGGCCUACUUGGACCAGACCCUCCCCCGAGCCCCAGGUCAGCCCCCGCCGGGGUCGGCUUUGGUGGAGAACCUGUGCAUGAGGGCCGUCAACCAGUCCAUAGGCCGGGCCAUCAGGCACCAGCAGGACUUCGCCAGCAUAGUGCUCCUGGACCGGCGCUACGCGCGGCCGUCUGUGCUGACGAAGCUGCCGGCCUGGAUCCGCACCCGAGUGGACGUCAAGGCCACCUUUGGCUCUGCCCUUGCUGCUCUGCGGCAGUUUCACCGGGAGAAGUCCGCCUCUUCCUGACGCGGCCCUCCCCUCGCCCCGCCCCUGGAGACGGCGCUCGCCUUGGGCCUGCUCUGCAGGGAAGCUGCUUGGGAACGG